CAAGGUUUUUUUUUUUUUGAAAGGCUUCUCGGCUUGGCGAGAGAGCUUUCUUCGAUUCGAGGGUUUCGUACCUCUCCGUCCCAACCCCCCUCGCGAGCUCUCCGGCAAUCCCCGUUGCGCCCCCUCAGCCGAAGUUGCUCGAUUCCUCUAUCCUCCGUGGUUCUCUCGGCCUCUUCGGGAAGGGAUCUCCGUUCUUGAAUUCCUACCGACAGCGCUGGAUCGCUCCGCGGCGGCUUCUUGAUCCGUCCUCGCUUCGAUUCCUCCGGUUUCUUGGUCUGAAACCCUGGAAAUCUGAGGUCUUGUUCAAGUUGCCGUUCUUGCUGCUAAUUCUUGGUGUUCUUAAAUCGGGAUUCGAACGAUGCGGAGUUGGGGAGGUGAUCGAUGGAGGUGAUGGCGGCUGUGAAGAUAGAGCAGAGCUGUAUAGAGAACAAGCAAUCAGCUGCCGCAUCGAGUUCGUCUCUCUCCGAGGGUAGUUAUGGCUUUUCUAGAAUGUCUCCUGCUGUUUCCAGCCCGGCGACAUCUUCGCCGUCACACAGGAGGACUAGCGGCCCAAUAAGGCGAGCUAAGGGUGGUUGGACGCCCCAAGAGGAUGAGACACUAAGGAAAGCAGUUGAAACUUACAAGGGAAGAUGUUGGAAGAAAAUAGCUGAGUUUUUUCCUGAUAGAACAGAAGUUCAAUGUCUGCAUCGGUGGCAAAAGGUUCUUAAUCCUGAACUAAUCAAAGGUCCAUGGACUCUGGAGGAAGAUGAAAAAAUCAUCAAUCUUGUACAGAAGUAUGGGCCAACAAAAUGGUCUGUUAUAGCAAAAUCUCUGCCUGGCCGCAUUGGAAAACAAUGUCGGGAGAGGUGGCAUAAUCAUCUGAAUCCUUUGAUAAAAAAAGAUGCUUGGACGGUAGAAGAGGAACUCACUCUUAUGAAUGCUCACCGCAUGCAUGGAAAUAAGUGGGCAGAAAUUGCAAAACUUUUACCUGGAAGGACUGAUAACUCAAUAAAGAACCACUGGAAUAGUUCGUUAAAGAAAAAGUUAGAUUUGUACUUGGCAACCGGUAAACUUCCACCAGUUCCAAAACCUGGUGAGCAUAGUGGUUCGAAAGAUAUAGGGAACCCAGCUAGUGGACAAUUAUUUCUUUGUUUGAAUAAAGGGUCAGAUACAAGUACCAAAGCUUUAUCAGAAAGUGCUGGUUCCACACAUUCUCUCCUGCCUUCUGAACUAUGUAAGUUGGAAGAGCGUAGGGAGUGGUUGGGGCCCUCAACCAUGCAGGUUUCUUGCUCAGAAACUUUUACAGGUGCAUCAAUAAGAGAACCUAAUAGUUCUACUGCUGAAUACCAAGCACAAGCCACGCAAGUGGAUAAUAUCUGCAAUGGAUCUGAUCCAGGAGAAAGGUUUGGAAAUGAUAGCAACACUGGUGAAAUUGAUAAAGAUAACAAGAUACCUGGGAUAACUCUGCCCUCUGAACUUUCCUCUACAUUUGGUUCUCUCUAUUAUGAGCCGCCUCAGUUAGAAGAUCUUGGUGUUUCUUUAGCUUCUACUCUUUUAAACACGUAUGAUCCCAAUCAGCAGUCAUACAACUCGCGGAUAGGCACUUCCCCUCUUGGCUAUUUCACCCCACCCUUUGUGAGUGGAAAGAGUUCAGGGCAGCAUAGCGCUGAAUCCAUCCUAAAGAAUGCAGCGAGGAGCUUCCCUAAUACUCCUUCAAUUUUGCGAAGAAGAAAAAGAGAAGCAAAUACACCUCUUCCACCUGAUAGAACUGUGCAAACAGAUCAGAUAAAAAUCCAGGACGGUUCUUGUACUCCUAUAGAAGGAAAAUAUGGAAGUGACCAACAGCCCUUUAAGUCUUCAAAUUUGUUGCGGGCAAGUCGAUGUAAUGAUGGUGGAAUUGUGCCAUAUAAUGGCAAGAUCUUCAAUGUUUCUCCUCCAUAUCGGUUGAGGUCCAAAAGGACGUCAAUUAUCAAAUCUGUGGAGAAGCAGCUUGAUUUUACAUCGAGGGAAGACAAUAUUGAUGGUAAUGCGAAGUCUCUGAGCUUGGCUAUCAAUAGUAGUUCUCGUAGUGCUGAUUGCAACUGCAACCUUCCAAGCAUGAAGGGGAGGAAACUGAGUGAGUGUCCAGUUGGACUGGAAAUCUUGGCCAGUGACUCAGCCCUCAUACAACUAAGUUAGGCAUUACCUAAGCACAAACUGUUUAUAGUGCUGCAUUGAUCCAGAAGGAUUGAAGACUUGAGAUGUCUUCAUCACCUCAAAUAUAGCUCCAGACUACAAAUUUUGAGUAGAAGUCCUGUUGCAGAUGGACACUUUGGACAAAACCAGUGUCUCUGCAUCAUACAACGAGGGAGAAAACCAAGAAAGCUUGCACGUUCCACUGUUAACUGUAUGGAUGAUAGCUCUCAUGUUGCAUGGAGUUUUUUAGUGCAGAACCAGGAUCCACGUCAAGUCAAGUUAGAAAAGGAAUCACUUGUAGAUAAACGUUCUCAAAAGGAUAAGGUGCUCUAGAAACCUGGAGUUGAAUAAGAGCUUCAGUUAGAAGAAUUAUCUACGUCAGGUUGCAAUGCCAAGAAUCAGCUCCUAUAUUUCACUAUUACUAUUGUUGUUUAUAAUCCACAAAAUGAGACUAGUGAAAACUUUUGUUGGAACCUCUAUACUUCAUGCAGCAUCUGUAAUAGUAAUAAGCUCGGCUUGUUUUAAGAAUUGUAUCAUUUUAAUGGCUGGCCAAGUCUGGAUUCUUUAUGCUUUCAGAUAUUUUGAAAGGUAAAAAAAUACCGAGAUAACAAAAGUUAUCAACAUUGAGUUAUAAA